UUGGUUUUUGUCAAAAUUACGUUUUAGUGCUUCAGCAGAAUCCUAGCGGAAUUUUAGUGAUUAAAUUUAACAGAAUAUUUCUGUUGCUAAAAUGCCGAAGAUAAUUUCGAAAAGUGUUGUAUGUACGGACUCUCAAGAUCAAGAGACUUAUGGAGAGAAGCCGCUCUACACUUACUAUUGUUUGUGUGGUCAGAUGGUUUUGAUAUUGGACUGCGUGUUAGAACGAUUGCCUCUGCGUAGACGUGACAAAGCGCGUGUUAUUGACAAGAGCAAGCACGCACAUCGAAUAAGCAACGUUGAAGCAGCCGAGACAGUUUACAUUCGAUGGAAAGAAGGAAUUGAGUUACAGUUUCGUGAAAGCUGCAAGCGAUGUAGUUUGCCUUUGUACUACAGACACAAAGAAGCUGAAAACAAUGUUCGGUUCAUUUUUAAGGGAGCGUUGGUCGCUGAAAGCGAAAGCUCAUUUAAAACAAACGUUUAUAAACAGAUGGAUAAACCCAAAGAGAUCAAACUGGUAAAACACACCAAAAAUAUGGGCAAGUUUAGUUCUGUUACCGUUUCUACAAUGGAUGAAGACGAAGAUGCUCUGGAGGCGAGAGAGAUCGCCGACAGCUAUGCUGCCAAUGCUAAAGUUAUUGAGAAGCAGUUGGAGAGAAAAGGAAUGACCGGAAAGCGAAAGAUCAUGGGAGCACCCGUGGAUGUGAGGGUGAAAAAGACAAAAGGAACACUUAUCGAUAAUUGAGAGUUUGGUUGCAACUCAAAUGUAUCUCCCAGUCUGCAGAAUAUGGCAGCAACAAUGAAGUCUUGCAUGUGCAAGAUAGUUAUUUUUCACUGGCACGCGUGCUAUCAUAAAAAAUUCAGUGGGUUUGAACCUGAGACAACUUAGACAAGCGGAUUACCCAAAACUUGCACCUGUUCUUUACUACAUGUGAAACUACAUGAAAAAACUCUAUAUUUGUUAUAUACAAUCAUUUAUUUAAUGAAUUUGCUAAUAUUGUUUUAUGUUAAUAUUUUGUUAAGCUCUAUCUGUUUUUAGGAUUGUAGGAGUUUUAUAGUGUGUUGGAUUUUCGUGAAGGAAGACGCUUCAGUGAGAUAUCGAGAACAAUGGGAAGAGAGGAUAGAAUGAGAAUUCACAAUGUUCCUUACAUUAAUCCAAUGUUAAUGCAACAUAAUCUUGCGACAGCGGAAUAUUGUCGGACCUCAAUUGCCGCACUAAGUGGUGUUACUGCUGGUAUCUUAGGCUUAACAGGCCUCUAUGGUUUUGCAUUUUAUGUUUUUUGUGCGCUUUCUCUAUUUGCUGGACUUGUCGUUAAAGCAGGAACGAAAAAGUCAGAUGCGAGAAAAUACUUCAUGACGAGGAAGCAGCUUCUUCUAAGUGGACAAAUUGGAGCUCUGUUUACUUAUAUUUUAUUUUGGACAUUUUUAUAUGGAAUGGUUCAUGUGUAUUAAAUGAUUUGUAAAAAAAUCAAACAUCCAAAAUGGGCAGUAUGAAUGGUAUUGCAAUAAGUUAUAUUGUUGAUGGCAAUGGUUGAGCGACUGUUUUAAAACUUUUAAAAUUCAAUAAUUACCAACAAAAUAUUUUGCAGUUUUUUUUUCGAAAAAAUUAAACUUGCCACCGUCCAAUAAUUAUAUUUCAUUAUAACUCCCAACAAAGAUGGUACACCAAUAUUAUGUCACAAUUUUCUCUUGUAAUACAUUAUUGAGGCCAAAUGACGCCUAACCGUUAUUUACCAUCAAUGUUGUUAAUAAAAUGUAAUAUUUAA